AUGACCGCGGCGGAUCUUUUGGAAAAAGGAAAAGCCGGCUAUCCAGCCGUAUUUGACGCUCUCUGGCAACUUGCCAUGAAAGCACAGGAGAAGUUCCAGCAAGAAGGCAUCGAUGUCGACAGUGUGCUCGCAGCAGCUGGCCAAGUCGUCCGCACCAACAUCAUUCAAUCAAUCCUAAACUUUUUCAAGCGUCGUCCAGCGCCUGUCGCCGAAAAGAAAGAUGAGCCAGCAGAGCCUGCACCGGCUGAGGGUGGAGACGCAGCCCCAAAUGCACCCGAGGGGGAGCAAGUAGCUGAAGAGGAAUGCAAAAAGAUUGACGCCUUGACGUCAGCUCCUGUUGCGGCCAACUAA